CUUGUAAGCAGGUAGAGACCGUAUAACACGUUUUAAGCUUAAAAGCCACGAGGUCGUUCGUUUUCUGUGUUUGAAAAGAUAAUUGUAUGCCAUUGGGUAGUGGUGCUGAUCUUUAAAAAAAAAAUAAAUUAAAAUAAAAAAAAAUAACGCACAAUACUUUUGCGUAUAAUUUUGGUUAAACACAACAACCAUUAAUUAAUUUGGUAAAGAAAAUAAAUAAAAACAAUUAUUAUCCGAAAAGAAUCGCCUCAAGCAAAAUAGCCAACGUUGUCAUCAUUGCCCUGGACAUCAUCAUUAGCUCUGUAAAGAAAAAACUAAACAUUUGUGCUUCAAAUUCUACCGAGUGUGUUCCGCCGUUCUACAAUUGUAAAAUUUGUAUAAAACUAAAAGAAGACAAAUUUCUUCAAAUUUUGGAUCAGUGCAGUGCAGGUGCAGUGUGCGAUAUUGUAUUGGUAUUAGUUUUGGCUUAAAGAAGAACUCCUCUAAUCUCGAUUUGUAACUCUGUGGUGUGAACUGUUGGCGCCGGUCUCGUCAUAUAAACGCUUCAUCUACAAACAAGUACACAGCACAAAACUGCAACUAUUAAACGAUCCCUACGCAAAUAUAAUGGACGGCUUUGCCCAUGAAUGGACAACGCCACCACGCACCGAUACAAGCGGUCUGCACAUGGACUUGGUGGCGGAGUUACAUGAGAGUGGUUUCGAGCCACAGACUAGAGCUCGUUCGAAUACAUGGCCAUGUCCAAGGCCAGAAAAUUUUGUAGAACCACCCGAUGAGCUGGAGAGUACAAAGGCCAGUAAUCAACAAUUGGCCGGAGGAGACUCACAACAAACCAAUGUUCCUAGCGUGAAUGCCGCCAAAAAGAAUUCAUCACGUCGUAAUGCCUGGGGUAAUCUCUCCUAUGCUGAUCUAAUAACACACGCCAUUGGCUCGGCAAGUGAAAAACGUUUGACUUUGAGUCAAAUUUAUGAAUGGAUGGUGCACAAUGUUCCAUAUUUUAAGGAUAAGGGUGAUUCGACUAGUAGUGCGGGCUGGAAGAACUCAAUUAGACAUAAUCUCUCUUUACAUAAUCGUUUUAUGCGUGUACAAAACGAAGGUACCGGCAAAUCUUCGUGGUGGAUGCUGAAUCCGGAUGCAAAACCUGGCAAAUCGGUGCGCCGACGUGCCGCCUCCAUGGAAACGUCGCGCUAUGAAAAACGUCGGGGGCGUGCCAAGAAACGUGUCGAAGCUCUACGGCAGGCUGGUGUGACCGGUAUCAAAGAUAAUACUCCGUCGCCGAGCAGUAGUAUAAGUGAAGGUCUAGAUCAUUUUCCCGAGAGUCCAUUGCAUAGUGGUUUUCCCAUAUCGCCGGACUUUAGACAACGUGCUUCUUCAAAUGCCAGUUCCUGUGGACGUUUAAGUCCAAGACCUCUGGUAAAUUUGGACUACGAUUGGGGUUUCCCGGCUGAUUAUCAGAAUUCAGCAUCGGCUGCUACUAUGGACAAGUUGGCUGGUUCCAUGGCCGAGGAGUUGACACUGCAAAAGGACCGGAUGCAGCAACAGCAGCAGCAGCAACAGCAACAACAGCAACAACAAGGGUUUAGCACGGCUUCGGGAAUGCCCACUCAACCCCCACCGCCAUAUCCUAGCAACAAUCAGCAACAACAACAGCAACCAACCUAUACGCUCAAUGGCCCCAUGGCACAGGGUUACAGUAAUUUGCCCACACAGCAAUGUAUGCUGCAUCGUUCGCUCACCUGCACCUGUUUGCGUACAACACGUGAGGGCCUCUCGCCAAACUCAGUUCAAACUAUGUCACCCGCCUAUCCAAACAGUGAACCCUCAUCGGAUUCUUUAAACACUUAUGCCAAUGUAGUUAUUGAUGGUGCCUCAGGAGUCUCAUCCGAUGGCAGUGGCUCCAAUCAUUUGAUGCUGCAGCAUCAACAGCAAAGACAAUUACAACAACAACAGCAGCAGCAGCAACAGACCCAACAACAUAGCUCAAAUUUAGAAGAUAAUAAUUGCGCAUCAACUUUAAUAGGACAAUACUUGGGUGCUCUGAACAAUGAGGCGGCACCAAUUGACGAAUUUAAUAUAGAAAAUUUUCAAGGUGGUUUGGAGUGCAAUGUUGAAGAGCUAAUGCAACAGGAAAUAAGCAUUGAUGGUCUACUCGACAUUAAUAUACCACUGACAGAUGUCAAUAGCAGCAGCAAUGUAAAUAACAGUGUCUCAAAUGCUGGUCAUAUGGGAGCCGUAAACAAUGCGACAACAUUAGCCAAUACAACAACUGCACCUCUGACAACACAGCAGCAAUUGCAUGCUCAGCUGCAGGCUCAUUUGCAACAGCAGCAACAACAAAUGCUACAACAACAGCAACAGCAGCAACAACAACAUCAGCAACAGCAGCAGCAACAACAACAGCUACCGCCAAUGCUUAACAACAACAAUAAUACACCAAUGACAACCGGCCUAGAAUUGCCGGUGACACAAUCGCCAACAUCCAAUCUUAAUGCCAUAGUACAAUAUCCACAGCAGAGCGUCGUAACGCCACCAUCCUGGGUGCAUUGAUACAACCGUUUGGUCCAAUACUUCCCAUAUAGUCCCAUUAUACAUCAUCAAUAUCAACAUCAAUAUAGCAGAAAUGGAUAUGUCAGCAGCAGUAGCAGCGGAAGCGGCAGCGUCAGUAGCAGCAAUAACAGCAACCCCAACUCCUACCACCAUACAGCAAAGCACGUCGAAUGCUGUAACAAUAAAAACAAUAAACGUAAGCAUAGCUUACGCCAAUUGUGAGGAGCAGGAGAAGUUGUCUGUCCCCGCAAGCAUGUAUUGAACCAGUGAAAUUCCUCAAAACUUCUCUCAGCUCUGUUUUGUACCGGGAAAAAAUAGUUAAUUUGGUAAUAAUAAAUUCAAAACAAGAAAUAAAAACUAUACCGGAGAACUGAUGCAAAGGUUCACCAAAAAAAAUUUGUUCUAAUUAAUUCAAUUACAACAACAUCUUAAAGAAAAUAUAAUUAAAAAAAAAAACAAUGAAAACAAAGGAUAAUUUAAGGACAAUAGUGUAAAAAAUAAAUAACAAGAAGAAAUAAAUAACAAAAUUGUACAGUAAAAAAA